UACCUCGGGAGUACUGGAGGGAGACUAAAAUUAGGCUAAUGGCAACUGCUGGUUUGAGGAUGUUGGAGAAAGGAGUUCAAGAUAGGAUUUUGGAGGCUUGCCGAACCGUGUUGAGGGGCUCGGGUUUCAGGUUUUACGAUGAUUGGGCAUCCGUUAUUUCCGGUUCUGAUGAAGGUGUAUAUGCCUGGGUCGUUGCUAAUUAUGCCCUUGGCACUCUAGGAGGUGAUCCUAAGCAAACAACUGGUAUUAUUGAACUUGGAGGUGCUUCAGCUCAGAUGCUGAGGAAGUUAAGUAAACAGCUGAAUGGUGAGGAUUGGAUGUGGAACAACCUAAAUACCUUGCUGGGCAAUAGGAUCUAUAUCAGGAUCAAUGAUGGAGGAACAAGUGAAAACAAGUUUCUUGUGAUGGUGAUACGUGAUUUGUUAAACCUUUGUGAGAUUACAAAAGGCAAAGACAACAAAGUAGUUAUUGCAAGUAAUAUAAUGCAAAUGACCGUGAACUCUAGUUUUUGA